AUGAACAACACUGGAUACUCGAUGUUAACACCCAAACAGCUUGUUGAUGUAUACGGGCCCGAGUCACCAUUCAGUGAUCCGAAAAAGCUGAAAUUCUUCCUGUCUUUGAACGAAAGCCAGCUGCAUCAGCACCUAAUCGAGGACAUCCGGCGCUUCUCGAAGACUAAUCCAGAAACACUAAAAAUUCGCCAGAAACGGCAAACAGUGCUUUCGCCCAUUGUGCUCACUGCUCUUGUUUUGCAGCCAAACACAGCUCCUAUUGUACUUUCGCCAAUUUUGCUUAGUGCGUCGGUUCUUUCUCCGGCAAUCUUUGGCGCUAGCAUACUCAGUCCAUGGCUAUUUUUUCCGGUCAUUCUUUCGCCCACUGUUUUGAGUCCACUGAUUUUGAAUCCAGCAGCACUGGCUCCGGUAAUUUUAUCACCGCUGACUCUAAGUCCGCUGAUUCUUUCCCCUGUCUGUAUGCUUCCGGUCAUCUUAUCACCACUUACUUUAUCACCUGCCAUUCUAUCACCGCUAGUUCUCAGCCCGAUUAUUUUAUCACCGCUGACUCUAAAUCCGCUAAUUUUCUCUCCUGAAGCCGGUACUGCUAUCAUUGGUACUCCAUACUUAUUGUCGCCAAUCAUUUUCUCCUCAUCCUUCCUUAUUACCCGCAUUUUUUCGCCACGACUCCUUUCACCGCCAAUCAAUUCCACAGGUACUUUAUCAUCGUCUUUUUUUUCGCCCACUUUUUUAAGUUGA